AUGUGGAUUAUUAACAGUGAGAGCUGCCCCGUGAUAACUGUUCCAGGUACAUCUACUGGCUAUAUGUUUUUGGGUUUGUUAGUCUUGCCAUUUUGUCUGGAUGGUAUCACUGGAAGUGCUUGUGUCCUGUGUGAUACAGAAAUGAGGAAUCACCGUGAGACAGUGAUUCCCCAAAUCGGUUGUGUUUUAGAUUACCGGGAGCUACAGACUGGGGUUUCGGAGAUUCAUAUAUGUACAAUGCAUAAGUAUAUUUGUACAGAAAGGCUUGAAUGCCUUUUUAUCUUACAACAAAAAGAUAUCAUUGCCAAUGAGAUGUAUUUUACUGUAUGUUUGGUAUCAGAGGUUUUACCGAAAUUAAGAUUAAAAAGGAGAAAGUCUCAUGUAAGGUGUAGACGGUUGGAUUUGGCCAAACAAAAAUUCUUGUGCUUUGAGUUGGUGUAUUUAGCUUACCACCUUCAAAAUUAA